AUGGCGGUGACCGAUGGCGGCGGGCGGGCGCCGCCGGGGCAGGAAAGCCCGUCCGAGCUGACGUCGCUGCGCGGGGGUGGCCGCGCUGUCGCCGCGGGAGGGGCGGGACGGAGUUCCCCAUGGGAGGCGAGGGCGGCGGUGGCGGGGUCGGUCCCGCCAUCUCCACGGGGCUCCCCCCGUCGCCCCGGGAGGCGCCCGGCUCGAUCUUCCCUGCGAGGCGGCCCCACGAGGGGGGCGCGCCUCUGGGCCCCUCUCCAUCCCGGCCCGAUCCUGAGGCGGCGUCCCGGGGCUCCCUGCGCGUCCCUGGGGACACGGAACGGCGGCGGGAGGGGCGGGGUGCGAGCUUGUGUGAGCGGAGCCCCUCAGGAGGGAGAGGGCUCGGUUCUCCUGCCCCGCUGCGGCCCGGGGAUUAGAGCCGCAAAGCAGCGGGACCUUUCGAAGGAGCGAAGCCCUCCCGGAGCGGGAGCGCGCAAAAGCGCGGGGAGCCCGCCCCGCCCGGCGGACAGGGAUGCGGGAUACGCGGCGUCCCGUUCCCGGAAAGAACAAUGGCCGUGCGGAAGCCAGGCCGCUUCUCCAGCCCACCCGGGGCUUCCCUCCGGGAUGCGUUUGCCUGCUCGACCUCCGCCCUCGCAGGCGGCCGCGUCCUCCCCUCGCCGCCCGCGUGUGGAGCCGCACCAUUGUGAGGCUGCACGGAAGCGUGGGAGGGGUGACUGCAUGAGGAAAAGCAUUCCCUGCCACCAGGCAAUGGGGUUUUGUGUCACUCCAAGGGCAGCCCGGCCUGUCGCUCCUCCCUGACCCUGCAGAAUCUGCCUGCAGCCCUUCCCCGAGUUCCUCCUCUGACCUAGCUCCAGCUGGAGCGCUGAUGACCCGCGUGUUGUGGUACCGAGCCGGCUCUGAGCCCAGUUAAUAACUGUAAACACAGCACGUAACUCUUCUGCUUAGAAAAAUAAUAGGAAAACUGAUGGGUUUAACUUCCUUCACUGCAUAUUGUUAUUUAUAGUGCGAUCCACAAUAAUUCCAACCUUUACGUUAAGAAGUUACUGAAGUGGAGGAAGAAUAAAUUCUUUCACUUUAUUUUCGUACUUGGCAAAACGAAGAUAAGAGUACACCACAAACAUGCCUGGACAUUUGGCCCUUCUGAGCAGUUUGCCAUUGAGGAGGCGGAUAACUAAACUGUAAAUGCCAAAAUAACAAUUUCAACACUCACAGAUGAACACCUCUUCCUUUUUGACAUCCCUAAUUUAGGUGGGUUUAAAUAAAUGGAAAAACAUAUUUUAUGCACUGCAUGUUUUUAUGUACAUACUAAUAGAGAGUAUACAUUGAAAUACUAUUUAAUAGAAAGACAAGCAGAAUCUGAAAAGCACAUAAGCCUAAUUGAUUCCAGACACAACUGGCCUGGAUUUUGUUUCCUCUUAUUCCAACUUUCUGACCUUGUAAAAAUUAUCUUGAUUGUGUUAUACUAAAGCAAGGCCAUGAUCUUGCAAAAACUACCAUGUGUGCUGGAGCUGAGAGGUGCCCAGCAAAGCGCUGCGUACAGAACGAAUGCUGACAGCGUUAGGCCCCAGCGCUGCCUGGUUUGUUUUCCCUUGCUUAUAUCUAAUCAUGGUGAAGCAAUAGUCUCACUUCUGCUGAAAGCUGGAGCUGCUUUUUCAUUUUUAAAGGGGGUGAAAAACGUGUAAUGAAACUUACGAUUUUUGGUGAAUGAUAGGUUUAAAAUUCUCAGAGCAGUUUAAGCUGCUGGGAUUUUAUGGCAUUUAGACCAGGGGAAAGAACAGGGAGGGUUUAAAAACACGUGUUGCCUGUAAUUUUUUUUUUCAGUUGUGUGUGCGUAUUUCUGGUGGUAUCUCUGUUUUUCAGAAGAUUGUUUCUAGGUAUUGGUAGGAGGGUUGAAGGACUUACUGGCUUUGAUGAUAACCCUUACAAUGCCAUUGUGCUUCUGUAUAAACAUGCAUGGAAGACCCAAGACAGCAGAGUGUUCAAUGUGCUGCUGUCUUUGGCACUGGAGAACUUCUAAUAAUAUUUUCUACUUGAAAAAAAUCCAAGGCCUGGGUACACUGAUCCCUUUAUUACAAUAACUGCUGUUGCUCCUUCUCUUUGGGAAUCUGUGUCUUGCUAGCCUUAAAUCUCUGUGGAGGGUAGUGACAAAGAAAGGUCUUUCCAGCAUAUUGAACUGAUGAUCCCUCUCCUUAUUUCUCUGAAGGCUCUCCUUUUUUCUGGAUCAAGAAUAAACUGUGUAUUUGGGCCUUUGUCAGCAAUGUUCCCAUGGGACAGUCAUUGAAAGCACUGGGAUUGCCUGUUUAGUAGCAGGGAGGCUUAUAAAAAGCAACUCCAUGUGGAAGUGGGCCUUUUCCUGCUCCUCCCUUCAUCCUGCUGCAAUUCCCUUUCACCCAAGCCCUAAGAACUGCCUGCCAUUCAGACUAAGGUACAAAACUAAGAGAGUUGUACUACCUUGACUGAGAUAUUAAGUGUCUGCCUUCACUUAUGUUGAUUUGAUAAUGUUCUGGGGAGCUUUGUUGUAUAUAAUGUACUGUGUCAACUUCUGGUGGUUGUACAACAGCAAAUAUAACUCAAAAAGCUAAACCUACCCCUGAAGAAAGCAAGCAGCUUUUAUGCAUCAUGAAGCUUGGUUUCCAGGAAGUUUGCAUCAACAUGACUGCCAUCACAUUUGGGAUUUUUUAGCUACCAUGUCAACGUUUCUUGUUUCCCAACAGAUUGCAAGGUGGACAUGGUGUGUGGUUUGUUACUUAUUAAAUAAAAAAGCCUGAGAGCA